AUGUGGCACUUCAAACUCUUUGCAGUGCUCAUGAUCUGCUUGCUGCUGUUGAACCAGGUAGAUGGCUCCCCCAUACUGGAACUGAGUUCAACAAAGAGAAGGCUACGGAGAAUGACCCCGUUUUGGAGAGGGGUCUCCCUCAGGCCCAUUGGAUCCUCUUGCCGGGACGAUUCCGAGUGUAUCACGAUGUUGUGCAGAAAAAGACGCUGUUCCCUAAGUGUGGCCCAGGAAUGAUGUACAAAUCAGGGGAAAAGAGGACAGCGCUCACCUACAACAAUGCUCCGUUCUAUGGAAUAUUGAUGAACUGCAUUUUGGCUGGAGACACUUAAGUGAAGCAGUCUUGUAUUUUUAAUAUUUAAAGACAGAUAUAUGCUUUAAACUGGUCUCCGUUUCUUCUUAGAAUGUUAUGUAGAUAAGCAUUACUAAACUUGUCAGUUUAGAGUUUAUUUUUCUAUGUAUAUUAUUAAAUGUCUCAAAAUUUUCAUAGUCUGGAAUUCAAGCUUUUGAGGGUUUGAAAAGGAUUCAUUUUGUAUGCUACAGAAAGAAUCCCAGCAUUGCCCAAUAGCAGACUUCUCAACCUGCAAAGUGCAGUGAAAGUGAACACUUAAGAAACAAAGAACACGAUGAGAGGCUGAAAGACGGAAGUUUCCUAACAGCCACAUGAUCAGCCUUGGCAAGUUCACGAGCUGUGGCCCUGGAUCCUGGCCCUUCACUCCGUGUCAGGACUCUCCAGUGAGGUGUCAGAGAUGGGCAGUGCUGGCAUUUGCGACCUGAUGAUGUGCCCAAGUCUGUCUAGGACUGAACAGAAAGCAGAAUUGGAAGAAGAAUCUAGUUUAAUAAAACAAUAAAAGCCCAAGCCCCCAAGAACAGUAGAAAAGACUUCUUUUGAGAUUUCUGCUGGAGCAGGGAGAAUUGUGAUUUAUGCAGAAGGACGCAUGGCCAGCAAGUUCAGAAUUUCUGUAAUCAGGAAAUGAGAGCUGGACUGGGGGUCCAGACUUUUCAGGUAGAGUAGCAGUGGGCACUAAGGUACAAAGCAGAAAUUACACUGAAAAGGCAAAGUAAGAGUUGAAGAAGUUUAAAGAGCACAGUGUUUAUAAACUUUAAUACAGAAAAUCUAUUUGAUAUUUAUUAAACUUAGUUUCUCCAGCUAUGGUUUGGCAUUAUACAAAGCAUCUUAAUGACACAGUAGAGUUAAAAAGAUCUUUACAAAUUGAAAUGUGAUACCCUUGUCUCCAAAUAUUUUAAUUGCCAUAAAUUUGUUUAAAAAUACACAUUAAACGCAUGUUUGACACUCUAAACUUUCUAUAAUCUCAAUACCACAAAAUACAUAUAAUAUACUAUACAGAUGUGGAAAAAUCUAGUUAGUAUAUAAUACUUUGCUCACCAUUAACAGCUUUAUUAUGUGAAAUGCACAUACUUAGAAAUCCUAGCUUUUGAGCCCCAAAGUACCUCUGAAAUUUUAAUGUAUUGCAACAAAUAAAAAUCACAGUAUGUAAUUGAAAUUUUGGUUGAAAAUGUCAGAUGCCUCAAUAUUUUGGAUAAAAGAAAUGUAAAACAAAGAUGUGGAUCAUGUACAAAAACAAAGGCAUCCUAUCAGACACUAACAGUACCUUUCUGCAAAAUCAACAAGGCUUUUAAUUUAUCAGCGGCAUUACUUCCCCUCCAAAACCCUCCCCAAAUAUCAAACCGUUAUUCACCAGUUUUAAUUUCAAAUAAGAUAAAAGGAUUCAAUAAAUAUAUAAGCAUUUCCAUCCUCCAUAUACAAAAUUUCUUAAAACCAUUCAAAACGGAGGCUAGAUAGAAAUUUUCAUAACCGUGCUAACCAACCUCACACCUGGUCCUCCCAAGGAGUGCCUUUUCAGGCAUUGCCAAUGGGGCCAGCUCUGGUGGUGAGCCCUGCCUGCCCCACCCCACCCCCAGUACUGUUGAAUGCUCAUGUCAAUGAUUUGCCAGGUGUGUGCAUACAGUUAUAAAAUGGGGACACUUCUUGAACAACAACAACAAACUCAAUGGUAUGGAUAACCAUGGCAGAAAUUUGAAAGGCAGCAUUUCCAAACAGAUAUUUUCCAGAGAGGAACAAUAGCAGGUAGAAAAUUCCAGUGGUUAAAAGCUGAAAAGAAACCCCACGUGGAAGCGGUAACAGGUCAAAAACUACAGAUUACUAGAAUUUCUGGGUGGGAGCUUUUCUUCCCCAUGCUCAUUUAGAGAGCUUUUUUGGUUUCUUUUUUAAGAAUGGCAAUUUAUGCUUAGCUGAGCAAUGGUGGCACGGAGAGGUCAAUGCUGACAUUCCUAAAGUCAACUUCAUUCCAUAAUGACUAACUUGGGCUGCUAUUUCAGGAUACUUAAACAUCUAGAACACUCGGUUCGGACUUAACUGUAAUGCCUUAUUCUGUGACCAGAUUCCAUCAAAAGGAAGAGAUUAAGUAUUUUUCCACUGCUUUUCUAGAGACAGUGACUUCUUUUUAAUGAACCAUGAGGUUCCAAUGAAGAGAAUCAGCAUGUGCUUUACCUAUUAGUAGUAACUUACUUCCUGUCACUUGUCAGCUUGGUUCUAAGGUCUAGAAGUCUAAACUGAAUCUCUCCAUUACGGAGUAUGUGAAAGAGAAGCACGCAAAGAACAUGACCAACUUGGCCUCUUCCUCUACAUAUUCGAAAUCAUUUGAUACUUAUCUCUCUUCUCUUUAUUUUACACGAUAGCAACCUUAGAUGUGCAGUGUUAUUUAUUACUGGAAAAAAGUCUGCCUCUCCAACACGUUAAUACCUGAAAUCAAAAUAAAAUCUGUGCUCCACAUAAUUAGGGAAUAUGGGUGAUAGGAGUCUACAUGGAUGUGAAAUGCUUUGCUUCCCAAUUUAAUUAGCUUAAAAAAAAAAAAAAUCAUCACAAUCUGCCUAAAACAGUCAUUCCCAUUAGAUGUUCCUGGGACCCAGAGGCAAACUCCUAUAAUUCAAAAUACAUAAUGAGGCCAUUUUAUUCAAUUAGCAACUGAAAAAUUAAAAUCCUUCCCACCCUGUAAGAGCCCUAUUAUACUACAGAAGGGCUCAAAUAUAUUUUAAAAGUUAAUUUACUACAAAUCAUAGUAAUUAAGCUUUAACAAUCUAAAAGGAAUACACAUUGCACCCCUGAACAUUAAUAUUCAAGGUGUCAACAAGAAAGUGUCUUAGAUCAAUUUAAUAAAUAAUGUGGAAAUAGUUGCACUAAGCUAAAAUACUAAACACACACAUUUUUGACAAACUAAUUUCAUGUUUUCAUACAUACAUACAUAUAUAUAAAGUGUGUAUGUGUACAUAAUUUUAAAAUCCAAAGCUGCAUACCCUCACACCUAGAAGAGUGCACAGUGUACCUCCCCUCUACACAACGAGGCAUCACUGACUCACUGCCUGGAGCGACCACUGGCUGCCCUUCAACUCCAGAGCGCUGCCGGCCUCCAGAACCAGACCUUUCACUUAGAGCAGGUGCCUUCUGUAGGUACUUGCUUCACAAUGCAAGCUCACUCAAUGAAGAGAAGUUCCCAAAGUUUCUGUCAUUAAAUACAAAAUGAUGCUUGUCUGAUUUAGCUGAUUAAACCUUUCUUUAAUAAAAAGAAACAAACAACAAUUAAAAACAACAACAACAGUGAAUCUAGUAAAGCCACAAGUGAAUGCAAAGUGCGGCCCAGACGCCAGGGGCCCAGCAGCGGGGGAGCCAGCCAGAGCACAGGCAUGGGUGGGCACGUGCACCAUUACUCUACACUGCUUGUGCCCUGGAGAAUUAAACGGUGAUGGUCAGCCUUCUCCACUCCUCAGCAACUACAGCUGAAGAGCUACCUGGAGUACUCACUGCUUAUAAAGUUAGUUCUUGGCUACUUGCUCAGGAAAAGGUGGCACUGAGGCAAGAAACGGGCUGAAUGCUCCCCAGCCAGACCGGACCCGGGC